AUGGCUACUGCUUCGUCUACAACGAAGGAAAACGUAUUGAAACCGUGUGAGGUUGAAAGUUGUCAACGUAUCUCUGCGACACUAUGUAAUCAUUGCAACAAAAAUGUUUGUCGACAUCAUUUUGUUGAACAUGCAGAUCAACUUGUACAGGAAUUGCAUCCAUUAGCCGAUCAUAUUAAUGAAUUGGGUGAGAAAAUUAGUUCUUUCGACGUGAAAGAUUAUAAACAAAAGCUACUCGAUAAAUUAACUCAAUGGCGUGAUAAAACUAUAAAAAACACCAAUGCUUUAUAUGAAAUGAAAAAGCAAAAACUCGAUCUUCUUUUCCAAGAGAAUGAAGAAACUUUUACAAGUCGGACAACUAGUCAUUUAGAAAUAGUUGAUACAUUAAAGAACGAAACAACGACUUUUAUUAAAGAAGAUGAUGUAACAUCUGAACAACUGAAGAUAUUAAAACAAAAACUGCAUGAAUUAAAAGAUAAUAUUAAUAAAACACACACCGAUUUGAUUCGUUGUGAUAUAAAACCAUCAUUAAUUAAUUAUGCCUCUGUUCUGACUUACUCUACAACAGAUAAUGAUAUGUAUGGUGGCACACUUCUCUCUACUGAUUAUCAAAUGAAACUGAAUACUUUUUAUGGUAAUGCCAUACAAAAAUGGGAAUUAAUCUACAAAGCAACAAUAGAUGGUUUUCAUUCAAAAGACUUUCAUCGUUGUUCGGAUAAUAGAGGACCUACAAUGACUAUCAUACAGAGUAAAAAUGGAAAUUAUCUAUUUGGAGGUUAUACAGAAAUAUCCUGGACUUGUGAUAAUACGUAUAAAAAAGAUCCAAAUGCAUUUUUAUUUACUCUGCGAAAUCCACAUGAUAUACAACCGACUAAAUUUACCUUAAAAUCAAAGACAGAUAAUGCUAUUGGUCAUGCAAAAACUGUGGGCCCUUAUUUUGGUGGAGUUGUAAAAGACAAAGAACAUUUCAUUGACAUUCGUAUAUUUAGCAAUGCGAACAUAAAUCAAACGUCGGAAUCCUCAUUCCCAUCCAGCUAUAUAGAUACUACUGGAAAGGGUGAAACACUUUUUACCGGAGAAAAGAAGUUUAUGGUGGAAGAGAUUGAAGUGUAUAAGCGCUUAGUUGAGUGA